AUGUUGAAGUUGGUCAUUUUCGUUUGUAUAGUAGUACUCUGUAGAGAAUGUCAUAUACAUAUGUAUAUGUAUAGUUAUAUAUAUUUUGACGUGAUGGAUGGAUUUGUCAGCGUUGGAAAUAACUUCAUGUUUCCCAAGCAAAGAUGCUGGAUUCAGUAAUUCUUCGGGAUUCAUCUGGAUUCUUCUCCUUGGAGUAAGUAUGGAAUUACUCCAUGUCGUUAGUAUUAUAGAUCUUAUAAUAUAGGAUAGUCAGUAUUAUAUGACAUCAUCAUCUCUGAUCUGAUCGGAAUCAAAUCCUCUCCUCAGGUUAAUGAUAUGAUAUUACUUACUCCUCCACUCUACCACGAUUUCUUCUCUGCCCAUCCUCAAAUGCUCCCUACCCUCCUCCGCUAUCAUGACUAUACCUGGGCUUUCCUGCACGCCGUCAUCCUCAAUAUCCCCCCCUCCCGACUCGUCCUCUUUCCCUCUCUCGCCGGUUCAGUCUGGUUCCUCACCUUAACCAGCCUGCUCUUGACCUGGGUUGCUCAAGGGAUGCGUCCCUAUCCAGGACAAUUCAAUCCACAUUUACCGUUUAUUUCCGAUAUCGCCUCGUUCGAACUCAAACCACUCUUCCUAGUCGGAGCCUCAAUCACGGCCAUGGGCUUUCUGUUCACUGUCGCCGCCGUCCAUGUUAUGCGCUACGAGCCCGGGUUUGCCCUGAUCCGGGGUCCAGAGUACAGCACUGGAACCCAGCAAUGCGAACAGACCCCGGAUAUCACCGAUGAAGAGGACAAUCCGCUCCCAUCCAGCGCAAGAGCAGAGCCAGAGCCAGAGCCAGAGCCAGAGCCAGACCGAGGAAGAGAACGCGAACAUGAAAGUGCAAGCGACAGUGAACCCAACGAGAGAGAAGACCACGACACUACCAAAACCCUGAAAAUGAUCUCGCUCUUCUCCAUCCUCGCCGCCGGCGUCGCAGGUGCAUCGCUCAUCCUCCUCAGCGUCAUGGACACAUUCCGGUACAAAUCCGCCCACCAUAUUUUCCUCCGGCUCUGUUUUGCCGGAUUGGCUUUGCAGUCUGCGGGCACGGCCAUCGUCUACGCAGACGAGGUGCUCGCCGUUGUAUCCUAUCUCUCGCAUUUCGGGAAAGUACGAUAUCACUGGGGCGGGGGGACGAGAAAGUCCCGGGUUAGAGUUUUUGCAACCCUCUCGACAACCCUCAUUCUCAUCGAACUCUUCCUCGCCGUGGCCUUCAUCUCUCUCACCAUGGACGGUAAAAUCACCGAGUACCGUACUGCGGGAAUACUCGAGUGGGUGAUAGCUUUUCUGGGCACGGUCUAUUUAUGGUUGUUUGGGGGGUUUUUCGAUAGAACAACCUUUGCCGGCUACGUUCCGAGUCUUCUCU